AUGGAAAGUGCGAUCUGGGCACAAAGUGCGAAAAAAAAAUUAUUUUAUGGAACGAGACCUUUUGCUACCACCAUGUUCUUAAUUCAUUCUUAUCAGACCACGGUAGUUAAGAGGGAAAUGAAAGAAAAAAAAAAGAAAGAUAGCGAAGGUGAUGGAAAAUUACCACAUACAAUCAUUUACAUCAUUCACUAA